ACGCGUCACGUGGAGCUGGGUGCCGCGUGCGUGCCCGCGCGCGCUGAGACAUGGAGCGGUGAGGAGGCUGCAGGUGCUCGCGCUCGCGCUGCGUCCUCUGAACAACAACAACAACAACAGCAACAGCAUUUGUAUAUUAUACAUUUUCUUUCUCUUUCUAAACGCGCACACACAAUGCGGAUUCUCACGUGCGUCGUGACGGUGCUCGCGCUCAGCCAGCUCGCCCGCGCGCUCAACAAGGUCUUUGGGGAUGUGGAGCCUGUAAGAAUGACAUCAGAGGGCUCAGACUGCCGUUGCAAGUGCGUGAUGCGGCCCCUGAGCAUUGAAGCGUGCUCAAGGCUUCGGGAUGGGACGCUGAAAGUAGACGAUUUUUACGCGGUGGAGACGGUGAGUUCAGGAUCGGACUGUAAAUGCUCGUGCACCGCUCCGCCCUCGUCUCUGAACCCCUGCGAAAACGAGUGGAAGACGGAGAAACUCAGGAAGCAAGCGCCCGAGCUGCUCAAGCUGCACUCCAUGGUGGACUUGCUGGAGGGGACGUUGUACAGUAUGGACCUGAUGAAGGUUCAUGCAUACAUGAAUAAAGUCGUGGCUCAGAUGAACACACUGGAGGAGACGAUAAAGACAAACAUAAGCAGAGAGAACGACUUUGUCCGGGACAGUGUGAUGAACCUGUCCAAUCAGCUGAAGAAGUACGAGAACUACUCGGACAUCAUGGUGAGCAUUAAGAAGGAAAUCUCUAGCUUGGGUGUGCAGCUGCUGAAGAAAGACACCACAGACAGCAACGCACAGGACACCGACAACAAGAAGGGCAAGGAGCCAGUAAAAACGCCCACCAAAAAGUCUCCGGUGGCUAAACCUCCUCCAAAGCCACCCAAAGAGAAACCCAUUAAACCUAAAAAGGAGCCUCCGCCGCCCAAGAUGCCGAAACCUGCGAAACCAGAGCCGACCCCCAAGAGCAAACCCUCGGGUCACCAGCCAGGGGUCAUCAGGGGCAUCACCUACUACAAAGCCACCAGGACGCAAGAGUCAGGGACGGACAACGCAGCCAAAGGGGACAAAGAAAGCGCAGCCAAAACACACACCGUCCACCAAAUCGAGGGCAAGGGAGGUUCCGAAAUCGUCUUGGAGGCCAUCGAGAGCACCACUCCUGUGACAACGACAAAAACAACAACUGCAACAACAAAAGCAACAUCAACUACCACCACAACAACAACAGUAGCUCCAACAACAACCAAAGCAGAAACAAUCAAUAGCGAUGAGGAGGUCUUCACCACGAGUUCCCCGGAGUCAGAUGCAGCAACAGAGAAACUCUCCAUCACCUUCAUACCAUCCCUGAAGAGCACAAAACCCAGCUUAAACAAAACAGUGUUUGUUAAACCCCUGGAGUGUGAGGGCACCAUCGCUUCGGUGGAGAUGCCAGAGAAGCAUCACAGUUACGGGCGUAACGAAGGCGCCUGGAUGAAGGACCCUGUCGCUAAGGACAACAAAAUCUAUGUUACCAACUACUACUACGGCAACAACCUGGUUGAGUUUCGCAACCUCGACAAUUUUAAGCAAGGUCGCUGGAGUAACCUGUACAAGCUUCCUUAUAACUGGAUAGGAACGGGUCACGUGGUUUACAACGGAUCCUUCUACUACAACCGAGCCUUCACCAAGAACAUCAUCAAGUAUGACCUGCGGAUGCGCUACGUAGCAGCGUGGACGCUCCUGCACGACGUCGUCUAUGAGGACACUACGCCAUGGAAGUGGCGCGGCCAUUCGGACAUAGACUUCGCCGUGGACGAGAGCGGACUCUGGGUAAUCUACCCGUCGCUGGACUACGAUUACACGCAUCAGGAGGUGAUCAUCAUCAGCAAGCUGGACCCGAACGAUCUGUCGACCAAGAAGGAGACGACGUGGAGGUCAGGCCUGAAGCGCAACCGGUACGGCAACUGCUUCAUUGUGUGUGGCGUGCUCUACGCCAUCGACGUCUACAACCAGCGAGAGGGCGAGGUCUCGUACGCCUACGACACACACACCAACACCGAAGCGGCACCGCGGCUCCCAUUCACCAACGAGUACGCCUUCGUCACCCAAGUGGACUACAAUCCUAAAGAGAAGGUGCUUUAUGCCUGGGACAACGGACACCAGCUCACUUAUAACAUUCACUUUGUGGGUCAAUGAGACGCUCAACUGUUCUGACUUUUCUUAGAGGGAAAUAUAGAGAUUAUUAAAAUAAAUAUACAAGGCUAAUGAACUCUUUUUGACUUUCAACAAAUGGCAACUAAGUUGAGUAGCAGAAAUGGUUUAUAAUGUGUCUAGAAAAUGUUCAAAUUCAGGUUUGACAAGCUUGAAAUUAUUACUUCCAGACAUA